UCAUCUUUCGGCAAGUUGGUCGCCGUGUGUGUUUUUGGCUAAAUUGUUGCCAUUCCAUUGCACAUUUGUUUUCUCCCCUUUUAUAAUCAAUAUUAAUUCCGCCGGACAACGGUGCAGAGGAAGUAAAUAGCCGCAAGAUGCCCCCAAAGAAAGCGCCCUCCACGUCGAAGAAAACGGAAGCCAAGAAAAAGGAAAAAAUCAUCGAGGAUAAAACGUUUGGAUUGAAGAAUAAAAAAGGAGCGAAGCAGCAAAAGUUUAUAUCCCAAGUGGAAAAGCAGGUGAAGAGCGGUGGACAACAUAACCUAAACCAGAAUGUGAACGCCAAGAAGGAAGAAAAGGAAAAAAAGCUGAAGGAGCAGAAGGAACUGGCCAAGCUGUUCAAACCGGUGGCGACCCAGAAGCUGGAGGUUGGAGCCGAUCCGAAAUCAGUACUGUGUGCGUUCUUCAAGCAGGGCACUUGUACCAAAGGGGACAAGUGCAAGUUUUCGCACGAUCCUGCCGUCGAAAGGAAAUCGGAAAAGCGUUCGAUUCACGUUGACAUACGCGAUGCCGAUGCGAACGAUACGAUCGAAAACUGGUCCGAGGAGAAGCUGGCCGAAGUCGUUGCCAAAAAGCACGGCAAAGAGAAAACGAUGCCCACUACCACAAUCAUCUGCAAAUACUUCCUCGAUGCCGUUGAACGUUCGCUGUACGGUUGGUUUUGGGAGUGUCCCAAUGGCGAAAAGUGUAUCUACCGUCACGCCCUGCCACCGGGGUACGUAUUGAAGAAGGACAAGAAGAAGGCCGAGGCACAGAAAGAAGAGAUAUCGCUGGUCGAUUUGAUUGAACGCGAACGGGCAGCUCUUGGGCCGAGUCAAACGCGCGUUACACUCGAAUCGUUCUUGUCGUGGAAGAAACGUAAAAUACAGGAGAAGAAGGACAAAUUGCAGAAGGAGGAGGAACGCAAGUUGAAGGACUUUAAGGCCGGUCGCCAGAAUGGUCUGUCUGGUAGGGAAAUGUUCAGCUUCAAUCCGGAUCUGGUCGAUGAUGGUAUGGACGAUGGUGAAGUGGCAGUCGAAUCGUACGGUCGCAACGAGGAUGAGGAUGAUACGAUCGAGUACAGGGAACUGGAUUUGAACAUGCUCAGUCUGAACAUCAAAGAUGUCGAUAAUACUGGAACGGUUGCGGAAUCCGAUCGGUGGGAGAAGAUGGCAGCGGAAGCAGCUAGUCGAACUGCCACCGAAGAUGCCGAGGGCGAGAGUGCUGCCACCGGAAUUGUCAACGAUGCCGCACCUAUCAAUGAAAACCUGUUCCUCGAAGAAGACCUCGAAGGAUUGGAUGAUGAGCUUAGCGAUGAUGAUGACGACGAUGACGACGACGAGGAAGAUGGAGACGGUGGAGCUUCUAAUGAUACAAGUGAAAAAUCGUGAUAAACCACCUGCACGAUACAUCUCACUCCAGCGAAUCGGCCCACUGGAUUCUUGCACAAGAAGCCACUCUUUAUCGCCCUCGAUUGUCAGCCUCCGAUGUUUUCUUAAGCUUCGAAAUUCUUCCUCGUUGCGAACUUCAUCCGUGUGGAUGUACGAGAUUGCGUUGAAAUGAAGCUUUAAUCAAAGCAUAAAGUGUAAUAAAGAUAGUGUUUACCUUUUGCUUCUGUAAUUAUCAAUCCAAACAUAUCUUCUUUAAUCUGGAACAACUAAGUUCUUGCGAACCGAACUUUUCAGUAGCAAACCUAAAACAAAAAAUACACCAGAUGAGUAUAAGCUGAUUAGUAGGUGC